AUGCGUUUCUCCAUCGCCUCCGUUGCCGUCAUGGCUGGUGCCGUCGCCGCUGUUCCUCAGUACAGCGUCCAGCCCAUCUCCCAGAUCUCCGAUGGUCAGAUCCAGGCUCCUCCUGCCACCAGCAUGAUCCCCGCCGUCCCCAUGCCCUCUGCCUCCAUGGUCUCUGAGAUCCCCGCUGUCCCCAUGCCUUCCGGCUCCAUGGUCUCUGGCGACAUGACCUCCACUGUCGCCGUCACUGAGACUGCUUCCGUCACCUCGGUCGUUGUUGUCCCCACUGCCACUCCCGUUGUUCCUGGUGCCUCCAUGUCCGUCCCCAUGGGCUCCAACACCACCAUGGCCACCGGUACCGGCUCCAUGACUGCCUCCACCCCCGCCUCUGAGGAGACCUCUUCCGGCGUCGCUGGUAGCGCUACCGAGAGCGGCGACAUCCCCGAGUCCACCGGUGCUGCCGCUGGCAACAUGGUCUCCUUCGGUGGCCUUGUCCUCGCCAUCGGUGCCGCCAUCGUCGCAUAAGCGCCUCACCACUACCCAUUCUUUCCCCUUCUUCACGAUAUACCAACAACUCAGUCACGAUUGGGUUGCAUGUUUGUUUAAAAGCAACACGGAGUAACAACAUUUUCCAAGCAUUAAUGGCGGGGAUUCUUUAAUUCGGGGAACAUUCACGUCGGGGUCAGGGGUUACGAAUGAUUCUUCUUCUCAUGUAUCCUACUAAUGCGACAAUGUUCCGACGGGGAUGCAUACACAUGGCUUGACAUGUAUAGAUAGUUAA